AUGUCUGAAGAAUGUUUAAUCUUAUUUUUUCAUUUCAGGUCCAUGCAAGGCAGGAUCACAGCACAGGCAUUCAGUUUUGACCAGCCAUUUAAGCCUUAUCAAAAGGAUGAAUUUGUUAUGGCAUUUUUUAGUGAUCAAAAUGUGAGCUCCAGUUUAAAGCUGCUCUCAGCUUCAGGACAAUGGACUACAUUGGGCUCCAAAGUGACGAAAGUUGAAGCUACAGUGGUACCAUGUACACAGAUUUCCAUGUCGUUUUUUGAUCGGCUGUACUCUGAAGGAGUCAUUAGAGAAACUGGAGAUAUUGUGAAAUGUUAUGAUGACUAUUACGACGAUAUUCUCAUCUCUGAUGAGUUAAGGAAGGUCUUGCUUCUGGAAGAUUCAGACUAUUAUGACUUAUUCAGUCAAUUGGAUCGCAAGGAAUUUCUGUUCUGUCUUUUUAAGCAUCUUUGCAUUGGAGGAACACUUUGCCAGUUUGAAGAUGUAAUUGGCCCAUACUUAGAAACCACAAAAGCUUUAUAUAAAGACUUGGUAAGUGUUCAAAGGAAUCCUGACACAAAAGAAAUAUGUAUUAUUUCUACAGUCUUCAGAGUGUCUGCAUAUGAUGACAACGGACUGUGUUACCCAUCAAGCUUAAGCCACGAACAGACUUUUGCCUACUUGGUUGUGGAUCCCUGCAAGCGACAUGUGCACGUUCUGUAUCACUGUUUUGGUGGAAGCUCAUUUACUAACUAG